AAGUAAAAAAGUAUUGACAAUUUUUUCUGUUUUUUUAAUUACAAAGAAGAAAUGAAAUUUUCGUGCGUGAUUUUCUUCUUUGUCAUAACAAUUGCCGCGCAUUUUCAACGCAUACAAGCCUUUGUUAGCGAUGAGCUCCUGCAUUUCAAGCGCGCAUUGGACGAUGCCUCGAAUGCUCUGCAAGAUGUCAAAGAAUCACCGGCGAUAAGCGGCAAUGUCGAACUGCAGCGACAGCGGCGUGAGUCAAUCGAUGACCUGCUUAGUAAUUCUCAGCUCGACUUAAAUCUGGACUUGGAGCGUGAGGCGCUCGAUUUGGAUAAUGAUUUUUUGCAUCCGCUGCAAGGACGUGCCACAAAAAAUGAUAAUAAAAACAAUAAUGAAAAAGGCGCUACGAAUGUAAACGUAAAUGACCAAUUAAAUGAAUUAGUGCGCGCCAAUUCACGUUUUCAGAAUCUACACAGACAACUGCUGAAAAGUUUUCAUGGUAGCAACUCGAAUCUAAAUCUAGACAUGGCGUUGCAAAAAGCGAAGGCGAAAGAUGUCGUGAAAAGUCUAAGUGGUACGGGCACAAAUGUAGACGCAGAGUACACAACUAAGCGGUAUACGGAUAAGAAUACAAACAAGGAUAAGGAUGCAAAUCGUGACAGCAAUGCGUACAAAUACAAGCCAAACAAAAAUAGCAACACCGGCGCGGGCAACUCAAACAAGGAUACCUACAAUUCAGAUUUCAGUUGGAAAUCGGAUUUGGGCGUGAAGAAUAAUAUUGACUUAGAUUUGGAUUUUACCAAAGAUGGCUCCAUUGAAACGCCGUAUGCGCAAACAUUUUCGAAGUUCGACUCUCCGCAAAGCCUCAAUACGAACUCGAACCACAAGGGUGCUGGUCUGGAGUCCAGUGUACUUACCAAAGCUUACAUUAGCUGCAAACCGUUAUCAAAAAAUGCUGGUUCUACUAAAACUGAUAAUACUUACAUGGAAUUCACAUCAAACUUUCACGAGCCCGAAUCAAAUAAAGAAAGUAAUGCGAAGAGUAAUUUGAAUAGUUUCUUGUUACUCGAAGCGAACAACUACCGAAAUGCGUUGAGAGCUAAAAAUAUACCAAAUAUGGAUGAGUUGAAGGAAGUGAGUGAAAAGAAGGUCGAUCCGGAAAUGCAUAGAAUGAUGCAAAAAGUAGAAUUUCCACAAUUCAGGAUAGAUUUCGAUUCUUCAAUGGAAGAUUUUGCACAUAGAUCCAAAUCGGAAUCUGCAGACGAUGAUGAACCGAUCUCCUAUGAGAAAACUAUUGAGAACAUACAUUUCCCAAACAUUGUCAAUGAUCAAUUCGAUUUGGCUCGCAAUGACUUAUCACACGAAGCUAACUACAAACUCUCAAAAGUAGAACAGGAACAAUCGGAACCGCGCAAAGAGCAUGCACAUAGCGGCGAGAACAAUGUGAACACGCAGGAGAUGGAUGAUAAAUUGAAAGCUCCUUCGAAACGCAGCUCAGAUUUUAAUCCAAUGGAUGAAAUCAAAUUGAAGACCAGCUCACGUUUAAUGGCAAAGGGUUUUGGUCCGUCGCUGCCCAGUUACGCGCUUUCCGAAACACAACAUGAGCUACAACUGGAUGAUGCUGUAAAGAACUUGGAGAGGAGUUUCAACGCAGAAAGUGAAAAUAAUCUAAAAGAUAGCUACCGGAAAGGAUCCCUCGUGUCCAAAGAUAUACUCGAUUGGCAGGAUCGGCUUGCGCGUAUGGAUGAAGUUGAGGAGCAUUCAUACGAAAAGCUUAUUUACGAUGGCACACCAGAGGCAUCGUCGAAAGACGAGAGUGAUUCAAAUAGAAAAACUGAUGAAAUCGUAAUCGAACCUACUUACACUUUACUACGCAAAAGGAAAAUUCUUCAGCAACCAGUCGAAGAUGACAGCCACAUCCUAGACUUAAUGCGCGCAAGGCGUGUGACUACAAACCCUAGUGGCGACGAGCAAGUGCUCGUACAAAGUUCAGAUGCAGAUUUGCCGGAUGAUAUGUUAUUGGUGCAAUUACCAGAUCGUACGCCAAUAGACGAUAAUAAAAAUCUAGCCGCCGAAAUACCUGCGCCUGAAGUACCAGCACCAGAAAUACCAGCUCAAGAGGAUGCAGCUGAUUUUGGGGAAGUCGACGAUGAAAGUCCAAUAGAGGCGGAUGUAGACGCGUUGGCGGAAAAAUUCAAACGAUGUGGCGAGCAAGAGGACACGAAUAAGAGCAGUGACCAGACAGGUGCGCCUAGUGAUAGAUGUGACGACGUGCCAAAUAAAAUGCCCAUAUUUAAAUUUAAACGAGAUGCAAACAAAGGUGAGGAUUCCAAUGCACCAAGGCGACGAGUUAAGCGCAUCGGCGUACUCAAUGAGGCUGGAGAAAUUGCCGGGAUUAGAGAAGUAGAUUUGGGUGCACUAAUCGAUUUCGUGACUGUUAAAGAAUUGCAACCAAAGCGGGAGGUAGUAGAAAAGAGCAAGGAAGGUGCAGAAGAGGAACCGAAAGCUAGAAGAUCAAGCCGAGUUGAUGGAGUAAAUGAAAGAAAACCUUUGCGUCCGAAAGUACUACGUAGGCACAGACGUGAGUUGAGCUUAACCAAAGAUGAAGUUUUUAACGAUGAUACUUUGUAUGUCUUGAAUGGAUCCGAAAGAAUGCGCCGAUCAGUCAAUAAAAAGGAAAUUAGUCGCAUGAGACGAGAAGCAGAGAAGACGGAAACAGAGAAGACGGCAGCAGAAAAGACGGAAGCGAAGGUGACGAAGCCAGAAAAAGUGGAGACAAGUGAAAAUAGAGAGACGAGAAUGAGCGUGCCAAAUACUGAGCAGAAGGCUGAUGUAAAGAAAUCAACAACGAGCGACUUAAAGGAUGCGAACAACACUGAUCACUUAAUGGGGAAGCGGGCGGCAAAUAUUGUGGAUGAUAUCGACGAUAACAGUAGCAAUAAUCGAAAACUCUUAGACGCUGCUUUGUUCCUGUCAGACAGAGGUAAUUCCAUGCCUGUGCACACGUUCAGAGAUCGUCCGUUGGCCCAAAGGCGCGCAGCUGUAACGCAAUAUGGCGAUAACAAUAGUGAGAAUCGGAGAAUUAUGCAGGCAUCUGGUAGGUUUGCAGGUCGUUCACCGCCUGAAAUAAGUGAAACUCUUGAUGAUGCUGCUGUUAUUGCGGCAGAUAGAAGGGCGAUGAACGCUGCUCGAGCGGCGUAUGCACGGAAUUCAGCCAGAGAUGGUGAUGACAACGAAGAGGCGCGUGAAGAAGACUACAGAGAUUUGAUGGCGCGGCUAAGACGACUUUCUCUACAAAAUCGCGGACAUGAGGCAGAUAGAGAAAACGAUUUUAUCAAGUCUGUUGACGAGUUUGGUAACCAAAAGUUUGAUAAUCUCAAAGAGGUGGAUCAGUAUGCGCGCGAAUUCGAUGGAAUGCCAGUCGACAAUCUUUGGUAUGGCUCUGAUCCUUGGGAAGAAGAUAAUAAUAGUGAUAACAAUCAGCAAAAUGAUGUACCUAGCGAAGGUAGUGCGAAUAAAAAUCGGCCGAUCUCACAGCACACUGCACUGACAAUAAAGCUUGAAGACGGUGCGAUCAAAAGUAUUGAAAGAAGCGACGAGCAGAAUAAGGAAAAUGAAGCAAGUGUGGCAAAUGAGAAAACAGAGAGCGAAGCGGAGGAAGACGAUGGCAACAAUGAAAGUGCGCCCUUUGGUUGGUUUGGAAAAAGCAAAAAUAAAGCUGAUGACGCAAAAUGUAGGGAUGAUGGCACGGUAGUGAAAGUGAAUGAUCAGCUGCUCAAUUGCACGGCCUUUAACACAUUGGAGGAAUUUCUCAAAUCAGUGCAGCAACAAAAGAAUAGGAAUGACAGCGGCAAAGAUGUUGGAGGAAAUGCAAGUGGUGGGGGUAGCGGUAAUACUAUUAGUAAGGGUGGAAGGGUAGAAGGAAGCCAUGGAGGCGGUAAACAAGGAAGUGAUGGACAAGAGAUUGGACGGCAAGGUACAAGUGGGAAAGGCAGUGGUGGGCAUGAAGGUGUUGGGAGGGGAGGCGAUCGGCAAGGAACGGGAGGACAGGAAGGUGGCGGUCAUAGCGGUGGUGGUCAUAGUGGUGGCGGUCAUAGCGGUGGCGGUCAUAGCGGUAAUGGUGGUGGUGCAAAAUGUGGAGACGAUGGACAAAGAACAAGUGGGCAUGAAGCUGAUGGGCAUGCGGAUUACGGCAGGUAUGGCAACGCGAAGAACGGUAUGGGUAAUGACAAGAAAAGUGGGAGCGGAAGUGGCGAUAGCGGCAAUAGGGAUAAAGAGGCAGGAAGUGGUAGAGUUGACUACGGUGCUGGUGGCACUGGCAACGGUCUCGGUCCCGCUGGUAGCAGCUGCGGUACGACAGGCACCGAUGCUACACCGCGCCCACUGGGGUCGAGCGGCCAAAAAGCCAUGAAGCUGAAUAUCACAAUCAAUGCGAGCGUCAUGGGUGAUCAGAAGGCGAAAAAUUUCUUUGGUAACGGCACAAUUAAAGUGCAGAGUGAAGAUCGUGAACGUCGUGGCAUUUCAUUUCCGCAAAUAACACAACUCAAACGCUAUGCAAUGAAGCGAAAGUGUGCCAAGCCGAAGACGAGUUCUAGUUGCGACGAAAACUCCAUCGGUGGUAAGGGAGCUAUGGAAAUUGUCAAGUCUAUUUUCGAUAUGGUGAAAUGCAGCCCCCAAAUGAAACCAUUGUGGGCCAGUUUGAAGCGCAAUCAACAAUGCAUGAAGAAAGUACCACCUGCAGAGUCCGGUUUUGAGAAAAUGCAAAAAGAUGACGCAAAUCAUAUCGAAGACAUGGUUCAACAGGCCAUGGAAGCCAUCAGUGAUAUAAUCGACGAUCAAGUAGAGCAGCGCUCUUGCCUAUCCCUACCACCGGAAAUGAAAGUCUUCUACGAACAGAUUCUCGAUCUCUUUGAGAACAAUGCUGCCGAAGGUGUGCGUGAGAAACGUGACAAUAUUGACAGUCGUGAUAGUUCAAUCGAUGAGUUCAGCAAAGAAGUGCGCCUAAUUGAUCCCAACCAAAUUGAGGAGCGUUCACGUAUCGUUAAGAAAUUGUUGCGUCAAUACGACGAUCUACCCGCUGAGGAGCAACAGCAGAUGGUGGGUGUGCGCGAUAAUUUGCUGCAGAAUCUCGGAUUUUUAAAAAGCAUCAAAGAAGAUCAAACGCAAAGAAAGCGGGAACAGGCGCAACAGCCGCCGCUUGAACAGCCACUAGAGCGGGAGCCAGAACAACAGCCAGAGGAGCCGCGAACGCAUGAGCAACAUAAGGCUGAAGAAACAGAGACGGAUAUACAGGACCGAUGGCGACGUGAAUUGCUCAAGCAAAUGGAAGAUGAAAAGGGCGAUGACGAAGAGGCGUUGAAAGCAUUCAAUCUACCGUAUACGCCCGAGUAUUUGCGGUUGCUGAAAGCGGCUGAAUUGAUGGAAGAAAAGGAAAUAAGAGAGUCUGAGAGUCGGAGCGGAGAAAACGAAGACAGCGGAGACGCUGCGUUGAUUCAACAGUGAGCUAAGGCGCGUUUUGUUGCUGCAAACCUUUAAUGUGUGUCAAGUUAAAAAUCUUUAUUUUUAUACAAUUUUUAUUUUUUUUUGUGUGACUUUUCUCGUAAAUUUAUAUUUAUCAUUAUUUUAUGUGUACAUACAUAUACAUAUAUAUUCGCUUGUUUACUUUAAAAUAUGCAUAAAUAUACACUGAGCUACAUACGUAUAUA